AUGGGGAAGAUCACCUUCUACGAGGACCGGGGCUUCCAGGGCCGCCACUACGAGUGCAGCAGCGACCACUCCAACCUGCAGCCCUGCUUCAGCCGCUGCAACUCCAUCCGGGUGGACAGCGGCUGCUGGAUGCUCUACGAGCAGCCCAACUACUCGGGCUGCCAGUACUUCCUGCGGCGCGGCGACUACCCCGACUACCAGCAGUGGAUGGGCCUCAACGACUCCGUCCGCUCCUGCCGCCUCAUCCCCCACACCAGCUCCCACCGGCUGAGGAUCUACGAGCGAGAGGACUACCGAGGCCAGAUGGUGGAGCUCACGGAAGACUGCUCCUCGCUCCGCGACCGCUUCCACUUCAAUGAGGUCCGCUCCCUCCACGUGCUGGAGGGCUGGUGGGUCCUCUAUGAAAUGCCCAACUACCGGGGGCGGCAGUACCUACUGAGGCCGGGGGACUACAGGCACUACCACGACUGGGGGGCCCUGGAUGCCAGAGUGGGCUCCUUGAGGACGGCCGUGGAUUUCUACUGA